AUGCCUACGGCCAACGUCAAGUCGAGCACGAGAAAGAUUGCAUUUAACUACAUAAUAUCAACACCCUCAUCUUCAUCAGCCAAAUCUAUUGACAAAAGCCUACCAACACUACUGUUCAUUCAUGCGGUCUACCUAGGACCACAAAUCUUCCAAUGGCAAUUCCAAGACCCACAGAUAAGAAGAUUCAACUGCGUUGCUGUGGAUCUUAGGCUACAUGGGCUCACGACGGGCGAUCCGCUUCCCGAAGGGUACGGUGCACAAGAGGCAGCCGAAGAUCUUGCAUUAUUCAUGGAAGAGAUUAAAUUACCCGCCUGUCACCUAGUGGGUCUGUCGAUGGGCACUGUAGUUGCGGUGGGCCUCGCUGUCUACUACCCAAAUAAAGUCGCCUCUCUUUUCCUUGUGUCGCCGCUAGGACUAGAGGAGCUAGCGGAUGUCGCUGAUGGCCGGCGGCAAAUAGCAGAGUACUGGAGAGAAGGUUUCAAGACGGGUGAGCCCGACAUGGCGGUUAUCUCUGAUGCGGUCUACGGCGCCCAACAAUUGGGUUUCAGCAAUAAUCCCAAUAGCUUAGCGAACGCGCUACUCAAUAUUUCACUUCCUCUAGCCCUGAAGAAAUGUGUUCCCGAGAAUUUUGACCAGUACGACAGAGCCACAAUCGAUUUUCUAAACAAUCGGAAGGAGUACACUACCGAAGAACUCUCUCGGAUACACGUCCCUGUCAAGUUGGUUCAUUGCCUAGGGGAUAUCGCAUACCCUCAGGAAUACACCGAAAGGUUUAUGCAACAGUUGAAAGACGCUGCAGUCGCGGUCAGUUUGGCCACCAUACCAGAGGCUCCACACUUUGGCGUUGUAACACACGGAGACAUUGUUAAUCAGUUACUUCAUAACUUCAUCAUCGCUAGUUGCGCGACCUCUGUUCCUCCGGCACCCCGAGAAGUCAGCUCGCCAUGGGAGGCGGAGUUGAUAAAGGCUGGUUGGAAAGAGUGUGAGAGCGACUCUGAGGACGAUUAA